AUGGGAAACACAAUUUUUUCCGAAGAACUUGAUCAACUCCACGAUCAUCUAAAGGCCUUUUAUUUUCUAUCAUCAAAUGCAUAUUUACAGGCAGUUGUAAUAGAGAAAGCCAUACUCGAGAUCGAACACUCUAUAGGAGAAAUGCAACUCAUUCUUGAUCAUUGCCUUUUGGGUUUACCCACAAACAACAGAGGAUUUAAAGUUUACAAUAUGCCUGGGUCAUCUUCAUCUUCAUUAAGUAUCAGAGAACCCUGUUUCUGUAGGCAUAUGAAAAAAGCAGAUGAGAUAAUUCUGUCUAUUCCUUCUGAUGCUGCUUCGAAGCUGUGGGGUGUUGAUAUGGGCCCUACAAAUGUGGACAUACAUACUGAUGAUGGCCACAUUUAUAAUGUUUGUUUAACCUACUCUAAAGGAAAUUUGUUCCUUUUUCAUGGAUGGUCCAAUGUAACACAACAUUUGGGACUAUCCGAAGGAUGUUUUAUAGUAUUCAACCCCAUCGAUUGUACUACGUUUAAAUUAACCCAUUUCAUUGAUGGUGUUAGUGGUAGCUCUUUUUGGACAUAUCUCCUACCUUUAUCAUCGCAUUUUUAUUUAUCUUAUAUGAUUUAA